CGGCGGCAGUGGCAGCGGCAGCUUUAUCAACUGUGAUAUGGUGGCGUCACUUCAAAAAAACACCCGAAAGUACGGAAACUAUUUGAACAACUGGUGGCACAGUUGUCUAUUUAAGAAACUCGGCUACGGGGUGGCCAGGAAACCAGUUGAGCAUUGGCAGCGGAACCAACAUGCGGUAUAUAUUUGUGACCCUUCUCCUGGCCAUCAUCCAUCAGCAAUCGGCUGCAGGGCAGCAGGUGCACACUGAGCACAACACCAUUGUCGAGGAAUGGAGUUGGCGGGACAACCAGGGUAAUGGAGAUUCUGGUGGCUAUCAGUACGCCACAAGGCUGGAUAAUGACGAAUAUCUGUACGACGAAAAUGGAGAUAAUGAUGAAGAUGAGGAUGAGGAGGAGGAGGACGAUGCCGAGGAUCUACUGGCCCAAGCCUAUGCCGCCAGUCCGGAUGAGGAUGAGGAGAGCUGCGAGUACAGCUGUCCACGGUACUAUCGCCCCGUCUGCGUGCUCCGUAAUGGCCGGCAGGUGACCUUCGCCACGCCUUGCGAGUUCCACAACCAAGUGCGCUGCGCCAGUGUCCUGAAAAGUCGGGGUCAGGGUCACUCGGCGCCCGUUUUUCAAUACCAGCACGAUGGUGCCUGCUGAAUCACACAAACCCAUUAUUUGAGCAUAUUUAAAAUGAUGGUUUAAUCAAUCGAAUCGAAUGCCGACAUUAUAUCAUAGUCUCCAAAUCUGUCUCUCCUUUACUCUCCACUCCCUAACUACUUCGCCCACUUUUUUGUUUUCUUUUUUUUUUUUUUCGUAAGCUCUUACAAAUGUAGUAAACAUAAUGGUACUUAAUUUGGUAUAAAAAAAAUUGAUUUUGAAUGCUUGAUUAGUUUGGAACUAGCACAACUACGCGUAGGGUGUAUAAUCAUGAUGUAUAAUCAUGGCUACAAGCCGAUAUAAUCAUGGGUAUUAAAAGUAUUUGUAAUAAUGA